CGAGAUGGCUUUCGGUGACUAUCCAGCUGAGUACAACCCCAAGGUGCACGGGCCCUACGACCCCGCUCGCUUCUACGGCAAAGCCGACGUGCCCUUCGGCCAGGUGAAGCUGGGCGAGAUCGGCGCCUGGCUGGGACGCCGCAACAAGACCCCCAACGCGGUGGCCGGAGCCGUGAGCCGCGCCUGGUGGCGCUGGCAGCACAAGUACGUGUUCCCCAAGCGCGCCGGGAUCGCUCCCUUCUUCCAGCUGACCGUCGCCAGCAUGACGUUCUUCUACCUGAUUAACUACACCAAGUUGAAGCACCACAGGAACUACAAGUACCACUAAACGGCGCUCUGCUCGGUGAUCCUGUCCAGCAUCUACACUAGGUACUAAACACUUUCCACGGCGUGCGAGUGGCGAGU